AUGGGCAGCCAGCACAGCAAAACUUUGCAAUCCCAGAAUCCGAACCAAGACGUUUCCACAAAUACCAAUCAAGGCGCUAUUCAUAAAGGAGAGAGAUUGCUCAACCGAAUGUCAAUGAAAUUCAAGGACUUGAAUCAAAGACCAACUUCAACCACGUCUUUAAGGAAGAAGUUCGAAACUGAAGAGGACACAAAGUCCAGUGCAGUCAGUUCUACAGACCGGACCAGCGGUCAACGACACGAAGAAGUUGAAAAGCGCCCAGCGCCGGACACCGUGACAGGACAGGGACAGGAGGCAUCGAAGACCAGUGAGGCGAUAUCAAAUACUGAUCUUCAACCAACAUUAGAGGAAUCGAUCACCACCAUUCGUUAUCCUGCCAUCUCUGUCGCCAGCGCAGUAAAGGAAUCUCAGUCUAGUCACAGCACUACCACCACCAACAUGCCGACGAAUACUACUGUUCCUUGCCAGUAUCGUACGGGCAAAACUCUUGGAAGUGGGACUUAUGCCAUCGUGAAGGAGGCGAUUCAUGUCAAGACGGGCAAGUACUACGCCUGUAAGGUGAUCAACAAGAAGUUGAUGGAGGGGAGAGAGUAUAUGGUUCGCAACGAAAUCGCGGUUUUGAAGAGGAUAUCGAGCGGAAAUCGGAAUGUCGUGACGCUGCACGAUUACUUUGAGACUGCUCACAACCUCUACCUCUGCUUUGACCUUUGUACAGGAGGUGAACUAUUUGAUCGUAUCUGUGCAAAGGGCAACUACUAUGAAGCCGAUGCCGCCGAUCUGGUACGAACUAUCAUGAGAGCAGUCAAAUACAUUCAUGCCGCUGGGAUUGUCCAUCGUGACCUCAAGCCCGAGAACCUGCUCUUCCGCACAAUUGCGGAAGACGCAGACAUCAUGAUCGCAGAUUUCGGGCUGAGCAGAAUCAUGGAGGAAGAAAAGCUGAGCAUGUUGACCGAAAUUUGCGGAACGCCGGGGUACAUGGCCCCCGAAAUUUUCAAAAAAACCGGACACGGAAAGCCCGUUGACGUUUGGGCUAUGGGCGUGAUCACCUACUUUUUACUCGCUGGCUACACACCUUUCGAUAAGGAUAGCCAACAAGCUGAGAUGGAGGCUAUCAUCGCUGGGGAUUACAAGUUUGAACCUCAAGAAUACUGGGCAAACGUCUCUGAUACUGCCAGAGACUUCGUAAGGGAAUGUUUGACUAUCGAUCCGACAAGCAGGCCUACGGCUGAAGAAGCACUCAAGCAUAAAUGGCUAGCUGACUCUGAGCCUCAUUACGUCCCGAGCUCGAAUGGAGAGCCUACUGAUCUGUUGCCGCAUGUGAAGAAGGCUUUCAAUGCUAGACAAUUAUGGCGUAAAGCAGCGUUCGGUAUCCGAGCCCUCAACCGCAUGUCUGCACUUGCUGGUGUCGGCCCAGAUGCACAGAAAUUAAAAGAAUUGAAAGGGGAGCUUUCGAGAUUCAAGGAGGAGAGUGAGAAGGAGGUUAUGGAGAAUACGUCUAUCGUUCAUCAUCAUCAUAUCUCUGAGGGGGACCAGGGUAGACAGACAGCUAAAGAGACGCUCAAGAGUCGGGAUGAUCUCAGUGUUGAAGGUGGGAACGAGCCUAGGACAGGUCAGACCCCCGAACUUGAUCAUUUGGAGAAUAAGAUGGCAAGGACAAGGUUGGAGGAUGAGGACAAUGAGAAAUAG